UGUCGAGUAGUUUCCAUUUCUACACGACGCCAAUUUCAAAUGGACAGUCAAAGACAGAUCGCCACUGCCCUAAGACAGGGCCCAUUCAGCUGUCUAGCUCGGCUGAGGUCAUGUACCCCUCAGAGAUCCUGAUUAUACCCAACUACCCAACGUUCGUUAGCCCGUAUGACAUGCACAGACUGCACGCUGGGACAGCUACUUAGGCCUAUAUAUUCAUCCAUUCUUUCAAGGUCUACCACCUCACCGCCGAUAUGACUCCUUCCUCUCAAAUCAUCAGUGUCCCUGUCUUUGCAGGACACGGCACCAAUGCAAUCGCCUCUCGUGCCUUACGUGAUCAGGCCGUACACGAUGCCUCCAAUCCAGCUGCCGCCUUUCUCCUGAGCGCUUGCUACGAUGCUUUCCAGCAAGAGAGUGCUUCAUUGCCGUCCGAGGUUCUCGACAUUCCAUCCUUUACUUCUCCUCAGGACUUUCUCAAUUCCAUUGUUUGUGAUCCACCAGUGAACAACGCCCUUCUCUCUAGUCUUUCCCUCUUUCUCGUCCAAGUCCUGCGGUAUUACGCCCAUGUCGAAGCCUCCUCUACUCCCUUUUCCCAUCAUCUAACUACCAAUUCAAAUCACGGUCUUGGGCUCCUCGGAUUCUCUUCUGGAAUUCUCCCAGCAUGCGCAGUUGCCUGUUCUCCCGAUAGGUUGUCUUUCAUCAGACAUACCGUUCAAAUCUUCCGCUUCGCCUUCUGGCUCGGCUUACGUUGCCACCAAUAUACCAACGAUGACUUAUCACACUGUAAAACACGUCGUUCAUGGAGUCGUGUCGUUAUAGGCAUACCAGUCUCAGAACUCACAUCAACUUUGGAUGCGUUUAACGCAAAGACCCCAACAGUCUAUCUCACGGCCAUCACUAACGACACUACCAUGACGGUAUCUGGGCCUCCGGAGAUCCUGGACACAUUCGUAGAUCUCUUGCGCCCUUCGUGUCGCAUUCUCACUCUACCGGUCGAUACACUCUACCAUGCUCCCAUUCACAAGGACGGUGUCCGCAAGCAGGUCCUUGCAGACGUCGAGCGACGCAACAUCAAAUUCCCUACCACCGAUGACCUCUGCUUUCCUCUACGCUCGACCUUUACCGGGGAGAUCAUCGACGUCUCCUGUUCCCUCUUGGAAGCGGUCACCGAUAUGAUUCUGACUCAACCGGUAAAUUGGGAUAAAGUUACGAGUAGUCUAUUUCAAGCUUUCCCAGGAGAUGUUCCUGUUUCCCUCCUCAAUUUCGGUCCUGGAACCGGCCUUGCUCGUAACAUGGCAAAAUCUUUGCCUCUAACCACGACAGUCGACCUCUCCCAAGUACCGUCCUUGCCCUCGGACGACGGGCGUGUACCCAUUGCCAUCGUGGGUAUGGCCAUCAACAUGCCUGGAGCUCCAGACGUGGCCAAGUUGUGGAAGGUGCUUGAAGAGGGCAUAAAUACAGUGUCCGAGGUUCCAAUGGAACGUUUCAAUGUAUCCGAAUACAAUCGUCCCUCGGACAAGGCCUCAAAACGCGCUAUGAAAGCUCACACAGGAAAUUUCAUUGCCGAUCCGAGCUUGUUCGAUGCUCACUUUUUCCGGAUUUCUCCCCGAGAGGCAAAGAGCAUGGAUCCUCAACAACGUAUUUUGUUGCACACCGCUUACGAGGCGCUCGAAAAUGCCGGUUACGUCCCGGAUGCCACCCCCACUUUCCAGAAAGAUACCUUUGGAUGCUAUGUUGGAGUCGCAACCGAUGACUACAUUCAGAACCUUCGGGAUGAAAUAGACGUCUACUACAGCACUGGCACCCUUCGCGCUUUCCUGAGCGGACGUAUAUCAUAUGCCAUGGGUUGGAGCGGCCCAUCCAUCGUUAUCGACACUGCUUGUUCCUCGUCUAUGGUUUCAUUAUACCAGGCGUGCCGAGCAUUGUCCAACAAUGAUUGCAAUGCAGCGAUUGCUGGAGGUGUCAAUAUCAUUACCAGUCCCGAUAUGAUGAUCGGAUUAGACCGUGGACACUUCUUGAGUCCGACCGGACAAUGCAAAGCGUUUGACGCAUCAGCAGAUGGAUACUCACGCUCUGAGGGAUGUGGGCUGUUCGUCCUCAAGCGACUCUCUGAUGCCAUCGCCGAAAACGACAAUAUCCUUGGCGUUAUACGUGGGAUCGAAGUAAACCAGUCAGGCAACGCUCACUCCAUCACGCAUCCACACGCGCCCACUCAAGUCAAAUUGUUCGGAAAGCUGUUGGACAAAGCAGGCGUUGACAGUCAUCGCGUUAACGUCAUUGAGGCGCACGGCACAGGGACUCAAGCCGGUGAUCCUAACGAGCUGGAGAGCAUCCGGAGGACAUUUUGCAUCGGUCGUCCGAAAUCGAACCCUUUGCACAUCACCUCUAUCAAAGCCAAUAUCGGCCAUCUUGAAGCUGCUAGUGGUGCUGCUGGCCUGGCCAAGCUCCUUCUCAUGCUCCGGCAUAAGACUAUCCCACGGUUGAUUUCUCUAAAGAAUCUCAACCCGCUCAUUGCACCGCUAGAUACGGAUACCACCGUAAUUGAUACCGUCGCAUCGCAAUGGGAGCCUUCGGAGCCGGGUAUUGCGCGACUUUCCAUGUUGAACAACUUUGGUGCGGCUGGGUCCAAUGGUGCUCUCCUUCUGGAAGAAUAUUCCCAGGCUCCUCGGGAAAGUUCUACUCCCUCAACUGCACUUCCGUUCUGUCUUUCUGCCAAGGAUGCGCGUGCAUUGGAGGCACUCAGGCAACGUUAUGUCGACUACCUAAAGCUCCCAGAAAACGAGAAUGUGGAUCUCGGCAAUCUGGCAUACACCAUGACGGCCCGUCGUCAGAUCUAUUCGUCGCGGCUGGCCAUCACUGCGUCUACCCGUCAGGAGUUGAUAGAUAAGCUACAACAGGCAGUUCCGGCUCAGACAACGUCAUCAGCAGAUGUUGGCGUCGCGUUUGUUUUCUCUGGACAAGGAGGGCAGUAUGUCGGGAUGGGCGCUGACCUUUACAAAACUUGCCCUCUGUUCAAGAGACAUCUUGACGAAUGUCGUGAUAUCCUUCUUCGAAUGGGAUUCAAUGAUAUCUUAUCCGUCAUUUUACCGUCCGGCGUUGAAAGUGGCGAUGAGUUUGAGGUUUAUCAAACUGCCGUGUUUUCCUUGGAGUACUCGUUGGCGCAACUCUGGAUGUCAUGGGGCCUCAAGCCCAAAGCAGUUAUCGGACACAGCCUUGGUGAAUAUGCAGCUUUGGUCAUCGCAGGCGUGCUGAGUCUCCGAAGUGCUCUAUUCAUAGUUGCAUCUCGGGUAAGACUCAUGCUUCGGACGUGCGCCCUCGGGACCACCGGAAUGAUAGCGGUCAAUAUUGAUCCUCCCAAGAUGGCUGAAGUCCUUGCGUCAUCAGCGGAUUUCGACUGCCUGAGCAUUGCCUGUUACAACAGUGUGUCGGACUGUGUCGUUGCUGGUCCACAUGGCCAACUCAAAUCUCUAAAGGCACGCCUGGACAGCGAAUUGCGUUUCAAGAAUACAAUCCUGAAUGUUCCGUUUGGCUAUCAUUCACCCGCCAUGAAACCCCUGGUGCGGGAACUUGAUGCUGUCGCAGAGACCAUCAGACUCAGUCCCCCAACCAUUCCCAUCGUCUCCAAUGUAUUUGGCAGCUUGAUAGAGCCGAGAGAUUCGGCUGUGUUCACACACACCUACUUUUCCCGCCACUGUGUGGAACCCGUCAGGUUCUCCGAAGGGUUCGCAAUGCUCUUGGCCGAUGCUGAGCUUUCUUCUAGUAUUUGGAUUGAGAUUGGACCCCAUCCAACGACUUUGCCCAUGAUGAAAGCGUGUCCAGCUCUACCCAAGAACGUGCGCCUGCUUCCGUCCUUGAGGAAACAGCAAGAUCCAUGGACUGUUCUGUCCUCCUCAUUGUGUUCCCUGUUCUUGGAAACUUCUCAUGUCAUGUGGCGUGACGUCUACAAUCAUUUGGGACAUGUCACUUGUGUUGACCUUCCAUCAUAUCCUUUCGCUCCAUCCAAGUUUUGGGUCGCCUUCAGAGACAAUCAGCCUAAAAUUGAAUUGCCAGCUGAGGUACCAGGUUCAGAUGACUUGGUGUCUGAAUUCUCGUUGCUUCGUUCAUGGGUCCAGCGUCCCUCGCCUGCCAACGGCAAUCUGGCCAUCUUUGACGUACCCAUAAGCUCAUUGGCUAAACUCAUCACUGGACACAUGGUCGGAGACUAUCCUCUAUGUCCCGCAUCGGUUUACCAUGAACUCGCGAUGGCUGCGAUUCGACUUUCGACGGAAGAAAGGCACACUGAUCGUCAUAUAGUUUUGCGGGACAUCGAUUACGCGAAACCACUUGUGUACGCCAAGGAAGAUGCGAGAAGCGUUCGAACCUCGAUAUCUCUGGACAAUGGAACCUUCUCCGUUUUCUCCGUUGUACCUGGCGAAUCUACUGAGCAAACACAUUGUAAUGGCAAGUUCGUUUGGGAGAGUACAAGAAAGGCCUCGCAAAAGUUCCUGCAGUACAUACCUGUGCUCAACCGAGAGAUCGCGGCUGUUGAUACCAACGAGGAAGCAGAACUGUUCUCGGCGCGCACAGCGUAUGAGAUUAUAUUCCCUCGGGUUGUUCAUUACUCCAAGCAGUAUCAUUCGAUGCGGUCGUUGACCGUACACCCUUCGGGUAUGGAUGCUCAUGCGACGAUCAAAGUUCCUCAUGCAGAGACUCCAGGGAAGUACGUCGUCCACCCAGUUUUUAUGGACACCCUUUUGCAUGUCGCAGGGUUCGUUGCAAACAUGCAAGCGAGCACGACAGAAGCUUAUAUUUGCAGUCAAGUCGACUGCGUGAAGAUAUUGCCCGAAGUAGUAGAUUACGAUGCGACGUACGAAGUUUUCUGCCGCAAUGCUUGGUUGCCGGAGGACGGUCUCAUUCUCGCUGACGCUUAUGCGGUCACUUCCGGCUCUCGUCCACAGAUCGUUGCUCAUCUCAAGCGCAUGCACUUUCGCAAGGUUCGUCUUGCAAGCUUGAAACGUGCUUUGAAUCUGGUCCAAGGAGGCGGUACGCAACCGCAUCCUUCAAGUGCCACUGUGCCUGCUCCGAUCGCACAAAGGAGUGCCGCUCCGCCUUCUCGAGGAAUGGACGUUGUGAAUCAAGUCCGGAUGGCGGUAGCUGAAACUUGUGACCUUCCGAUCUCUACGAUCGAGGUCACCUCUGAUCUCUCUUCCCUCGGCGUGGACUCCCUUAUGAGCAUUGAGAUCCUCAGUCGGUUGCAAACGCUGUUCCCGGCUGCGCAGCUUGACGCACACGCCUUUGCAUCCUUACAUACGAUAACGGAGAUUGCUGCUGAGGUAGCCUCUAAGGGAGGCUUGGCUACAGAACAAGCUUGUGCACCUAUUGCGCCUAUUGUGCCUAUCGUGAGCGAAGAGGACAUUCUGGAAUCAGUUCGAAAAGCCGUAGCGGAUACCUGCGAUCUCCCCGUUACAGCGAUCGAUGACUCUGCGGACCUUGCCUCCCUUGGCGUCGACUCCUUGAUGAGGAUAGAAAUUUUUAGUCGACUACAGUCACUCUUUGCAAACACGGAGCUCGAUGUACAUGUGCUAUCAAGUUUAUCCACUGUACAAGAAAUCGUGGCCGAAGUAAGAUCUAAGAGAAACCCCUCCUCCUCUCCCGCUACUUCCACAUUCUCAAGUCCACGGUCCUGCAAAACUGUCAUUGGCGAAGAGACUGUCGCUGAUUGCUCAAACGUGAAGACCGUGAUUGCAGAUAUCCUUGGAAUUGAUGCCCAAGAAUUUAGUGAUGAUACGAAUCUGGAAUGUCUUGGGCUCGACUCGUUAAGUUCGAUCGAAGUGAUGCAAGCAGCCCAGAACACUCUUUCCGUAUCACUUCCGCAAGACCUUUUCGCUGCCCAUCGGACGGUUCGAGAUCUCAACGACUUUGUUCUUAGCAAACAGCAUUGCCCCCUUUCUGGGGCGCUAACGAAGGCGCUCCAGCUUGAUCAAAUGCCCUUACCGCUUCUUCAAGUUAGUGGAAGCGCAACGCCUUUGUUUCUCAUACACGACGGUAGUGGGCUUGUCAACUACUAUGGCCGAAUGCGAAUGACAGAUAUCAAGCGGAGCGUAUGGGGAAUCUUCAAUCCCAAUUUUGCUACAUCAGCACCGUGGGAUGACCUGCAAUCGAUGGCGGCUGAGUAUGCAUCAGUCAUCUCACAGUCGACAAAAGGAGAUGUUCUUAUAGGUGGGUGGUCUUUCGGUGGUGUUGUGGCUUACGAAGCGGCCCGCCAACUUAUGCGGAUGAAGAAUGGCCGUCGCGUAAGGGGAGUUGUGCUGAUUGACUCCCCGAGCCCAGUCAAUCACGUUCCGCUCUCUUCUUCUCUCAUAGACGUCGUCGUGAAUUUGGACCAGCGACUUUCAAAAUCAGAAGUUGCCCGACUCGUAAAGGCACAGUUCCAAAUGAAUUCGGCGAUUCUUGGAAAAUACCAACCGUCGACCGACGGCCCUCAUCCUUCCCUUGUUCUCCUCAGAUCGUCUGAGGGGUUGAAACUGAAAGAAGACAUGGAAAUACCGACAUGGUUGAGUGAUCGGAGCGACGCUCGCGAAGCUGUUGCUGGCUGGCAGCAGCUCGUAGGCACUGAAGUGAGAGUGAUGGAUAUACCAGGGAACCACUUUGAGCCGUUUAGUGAAGCUAAUAUUCCUUUGGUCUCUCAACGAGUCGCGGCUGCCUGCGAGUAUCUCGAAAGUUUGGAAUGAUUAUUGGAACACGUUUUUAUCAUGUACCAAGAUAGAAUAUCAGUAGAUU